AUUGUUAUUGUUGUUGGGGCUUUUGUUGAGAAUGUCUUUAUCAUGUUGGAAUAUUAUCUUGUUCGCUACUGUGAUAUUUGUAGUAUUUCACAUUAACUAUGUCUCCACUAUGCACAGUGUAGUCAACGGAGUUUCGAAUAAUAAGCGACUAGGAGCUUCCACUCACCCGCCGACUAUAGUUCCUAUAAAGUCGGGAAGAAUGGACCUUUCGAACGUUUUUGACUUUUCACGUCGUCAAUGGGCCACGAAACUGGUAGAAAGAUUGCAGAAACAGGAAGAUAUUCUACUUGAAAAUGUUACUUCCAGACUUUCCUGGAAUUUUGGGUACGAUAAACCGAGAAAAGUACAAAAUCUCGUUUCGAAGCGUCAUCUUAUGGAAAAAAGUGUCAGCAGUUUGAAUGGGAAGCAGAAUUGGAGUCAAAAGAAUAUAGUUCGUUUUCCAGAACAACAGAUUUUGGGAGGAGUUGUCUCAGUGGGUAUGUAUUAUAUUGAGUUGGAUGUAGGUUGUGGACAAAUUAUACACGUCCAAGUGGAUACAGGAAGUUCAACCAUGGCAGUGCCACUAUCUGAGUGUGUCAAUUGCAAGCAGCACGAUCGCCGAUAUGACUUCUCCAAGUGUCCAAACGCAACGCGUGGUGAAAAAAUACCUUGUGAUUCUGAUAUUUGUGGAGCAAACACUUGUUAUUCUUCAUAUUGCGGUUCUUGUUCUGCUUCCACUGCAGCUUGCUGUUCUCAAGUAGACAAUUCGAAAUGUGGCUUUAUCUUACGUUAUGGUGACGGGGCUUUUGCUCAAGGAACUGUGAUACAUGAAACAGUUACUAUUGCAAAUAUUACUUUCAAAACUUAUUUUGGUGGGAUUUUGAAGGAUUCUCCUUCGUUUGAAUUAACUGAAGUUGAUGGCGUGUUUGGUUUGGCAUUUCCAUUGCUUGCGUGUAAUCCGACUUGCUUGACACCUGUUUUUGAUGAUAUGGUACAAAAGGGUCUUGUAGAGAGAGAUAUAUUCUCUAUACAUAGUGACCUUGAAAAUGGAGUUUUGGUUCUUGGUGGGAGUGAUGACCGACUUUAUGAUGGGACAUUGGAGUAUUCUCCAUUGAUAAACGCGAAUGAACCAGAGUUUUAUGAAGUGGAAUGUGAGGAAGUUACAGUCUCUGGUACAAAUGUUGAUCUUCCUCAUUUCAAAACAGCAGUCGUAGACAGUGGGACUACUCUAAUUAUAUUAAGUUUGGAUUCCUUUUUGGCAUUAAAGCGCUACUUCCAAGCCCACUACUGCAACGUUAGUGGUCUUUGUGGCGAAGACGGUGACCCUGACCUUAGUUGGUUUGAUCCGGACUACUGUGCCUUGUUAGAAGACAGUGAAAUUCGACAACUGCCUAAUAUUGAAUUUCAUCUGAAAAAUGACGUUCUUCUAAUUUUGGAGCCUGAGGAUUAUAUGUUGAAAGUUGAAAGUCCCAAUCUUUUGACUGGCGAAAUAGAAAUCUAUCGCUGUUUGGGCAUUCAUUAUAUGCAACAUUUGGAACGAAUGGGAAAUGAUAUGAUUUUAGGAGGUACUCUUUUGCAACGUUACUAUACUGUUUAUGAUAGAGAACAGAUGCGUUUGGGGUUUGCCAAAGCCAAAAGAUGGUCUGAUGUGAAGCAAGUAUUGGACGAAACAAGACAGCCUGAAAAAGGAACGGAUAAUGUGGAAGCUUCUCAGCCAUCACAAUCACCAUUUGCUUCUACGAGUCCAACUCCACGUACGAAUGAGGAACAAGGAGAACUUUCUCAUUCUUCUUCGUUUUUAGACAUUCUUUCUAGUUAUAGACUUUGGAUAGUUGUUGGUGCCUCUAUUGUAGGUGCAUUUGCCAUUUUAAGUGUUGUUGGCAUCAUUUUAUAUAGACGUCGAAGGAAUCGUUAUGCACAUGUAGACGAAGCUGAAGCUGCGUCGUUGACAUCUACAGGAAGAAAUGACCAAGAUGAUAUACAACUAUCGACAGAAGAAUCAUCUUCUUUAAUGCCAGGUACACGAGCUUGAAGGAAUUUUUGAAGUUUGUAAGAUUUGCGACUGUACAGAUAAAUAAUUUUUUGUUUUU